CAAGCGCCCGUCAGUUUACUACUAUCGCAAAUCGACGCCGCAUGUCGUUUCGCGUGUUAUUGUGGCCGUGUGCAUGGUGCUAGUGGAAUAACAUAACAGCAAAUUGUUUUGUGCUGUGUUAUUGUAGUGGUAGUGUCACGCUGCUGGUGCGACAGGUCCAGUUCACAUUUGUUGUGAUGCAUUUGAGGAUAUACCUAUGGCUGUCUUGUGUAGUCCUCGCAGGAUACGUUCGAGCGCAAGAGGACGGCGGCGCCGGCGCAGUCCCUACAGUAGACACAGCAGCCCCGCCACAGAACGACGGCCCGCUCGCGUCCGACCACGACGCGUUCCUCGACGAUGAGGGCUCGGGCCUAGAGGGCGACGAGAGCUCGGGCUCCGGCUGGGGCGCCGGCCCCGGCCCCGACGACGAGGACGCACGAGGCUCAGGUGACGAAGGCCCCGAGGAUGACGAAGACUACAAACCCGUCACCGUGCGCCCCACCGCCGCACCCACCACUCCGGAACCCGAACUCUUCGUCCCGGACUACUCCACCGAAGCCCCCUUCCUGCCCUUCGAUGUAGUCAGUCCUCGCAUCAUCACCGGCAAGGAGUCGAUCGAGGCCGAGGAGGAGGGCCGCAGCGCGGGGGCGGAGACACCCUCCCGCCCCGACGAUAUCAGCAUCUCCGGGGAAGACACCAACUCGGGCAUUCAGGAUCCUGACAAGGAGCACGAAGGCGCGGAGUCGCGGCCGGCAGACAACGUCGUUUUCAUCAUGAACGCUAAGCCAGAGGACCGCGCCACCAGCUUCUUCGCGCAGCCUGGCAUACUCGCCGCUGUGAUUGGCGGUGCAGUAGUAGGGCUGCUAUGCGCGAUCUUGGUGGUGAUGUUCAUAGUGUACCGCAUGCGCAAGAAGGACGAGGGCUCGUAUGCGCUGGACGAGCCCAAGAGAAGCCCCGCAGCCGCCUCCUACGGGAAGGGCCACAAUAAUCGCGAGUUCUAUGCGUGAGACGACACAGAACAAAACAUGCCACGUGUUUACUAGUCGGUGCCCACGCACCGACUGACCGCCAAUCGCGGUUCACAGUAUGCCGUUACCUUUUUAAAUUUUUGACAGAUACAUUCCAUUUCACGCAGCUCGCGUGCAAGGACUUACAAUUAUAAUCAUUUUACCAACGUGGCUAAAAUUGUUCUGUGGUCGUCUCACAACUACAACCGAACCGGCAAACUUAUUUAUAAUUUAAAUUGACGUGUACGGAUUGUACUAUAGAAUGUACAAACCAAGUACCAAAAAUAUUAUUUAUCUGUUUAAUGAGAUAAAUAAGUUAUUGAAAAAAAUCAAUGAGAUUUUCACUGAAAUUAUCACUUGUAAGACCAAAUUUUUAUAAAUUAUAUAUGGUGAGGCAGUGAUGAUCGAUAGAUGUUUGUUGCCUGCUUAAUGUUUGACGCUGUUCAGUGUACGUCAGUGACCUGACUUCUUCAUGUUUCGAGACCAAUGUGGUUGAGUGUUGAUGAAGUAACGUGUUCUAUUGAUGCUGAAUGAAAAUGGGUUCUGUAACACAGUCCGUGGACGCAUUCUAUUUAUAAUGACAACAAUACAAGCAAGGCAACAAACAGCGAGUGGAUGACUGAUGGGAAUUACAAUUCGAGAGAAUUGGAUUCUAAAUUACAAUGACAUUUUGUAAUUGACUGUGUUGCGGACCCAUUGUGUAAUGUUCUCUGUAUAAAAUAAAUGUGCCAUCCGCUUUCUUCAACUGUAUAUUUCCUAGCGUAGACCGUUCUCUUCGCAUAGACUAAACGUUUAAAUCUCAAAAUAGUCUAUGGACACGUCCAUAUCUAUUGUUUGUCAGCUGUAAUAUAAUAUAUAAUGUGUGUAUUUAGAUCACUCUCUAAGGUUUCGAAGUAGAAUUUAUAUGGAAUAGUUGUAUAUUUAGAUCUUUACAAGUUUACUUCCAGAGAAUUUGGCAUCGAAAUUUUUUACAGUUAUUUUUGAGCUGUAAUUUUAUUGCAACUUUUUAUACUUGUAAUAAGCUAUUCGACCAUCUAAUCGGAAGAUAUUACGUUCCUUUAGCUUAUUUAAAUUGGGGAAUAUAAUUUAAAUAGCUUUUAAUAUUUUAUAGUUAUAGUCUUUGCUACUUUAUAUUUUUCUCUGUAAUCAAUUGGGUUUUUUUUAUAAUAUUUUUAAAUUAGUGACAUACGUACGAGACAAUUUUUGUUGUCUUUUUGGGCUAUGAAUUAAAAGAGGAGUUAAAAAAUAUUCUUUGUUUAGUUGUGUCGUUUUACUUUUAAUAUAAUUGACUUAUUUCUCGUCAUUUCUUUUAGAUUACAUUUGUAGUUAUUUUAAAACUAGGUUGUGCAACGAAUGUGUUUUUGUUCAUUUUCUUUGUAGUUUACUUUUACCUUUUUUGUGCCAUCUUCAAAGUUAAAACUCGCUCGUGCUUGGCUUCGACAUCCAAAAUGUUGUAAUUUCUUAUCAAUCGCAUUAAGUCAAUUAAUUUAUUUGAAUUAAUUGUAAUAAAUUAUUGUAAUUUAUAAAAAAAUAAGUGUUAAAAUUUAAAAGGAAAACCAGACAAUGGCGAAUUGCGGUACCUACCUAUAAGUUUUUAUUCAACUUAUGAACAAUUUCAGAAAUACAUAUAAAUGUGUAACUAACUUAGUAAAUUAUUAUUAUAUUGUUCUCUAUAUUGCUGCAAAUCGCCAUUGUUUAAAACUACCUUAAAUGUAAAAUUAAUUUAGAUUUGCAUAUCUCAAGAUGUUUUCAACCUUUUAGGUGUGUUACUACGUAUAUAUGUAACUAAUAUAAAAUGUAUACAAUACGUUCGAAGUCAAAAUGAGGCACAUAUUGGACAUUUCACUAUAAAUAUUGUAGGUGUCGACAAAUUAAUGUCGUUCUGUGGAGUUUUCUAUAGAAAAACUCUUAAUAAAUUACUAUCUAUGAUAAUAAAAUUAAACCUAAUAUCAGCGGUAAAAUAUUUUUAAUAACAGCGCCAUCUAUUGGUGUCAAAAUAAAUUAAGUCUUAGAUAAACGCAAAAAUGAUAUAAUAGUAUCUAGGUUUAUAACUUAGAGAACUAUAAGUGUAAUUUACAAGUUAAUCUCAACCAACAUAACCCAAUCAAUUCAACUACUGAUUAACGGAUUUUAUGUCGUAAUGUCUAUUUUUAUUGAAUCUAAGAAAACCCCUAAGUUUAUUUCUAGAAAAUUCCACAGAGUAAAUCGGAACAUUCCCGUGGGAUUUGUACUAACCUACUGCAGUAGCGAGCGACUGCUCAUAGUAUAAGGAUUGUACAUUAUAACUGUAAAUUCUUAUAGGCUUUAAACUGUGUAAUUUAUACAGUAACAUAAAGUAAUGUACCUACUAAUAUUAUGUAACCCGAUAAAUGGAUAUGCUAAUUAAUAUUUAUUUUAUUUUAAAUUUACGAACAAUGUUUCUUUUUAAAAUCAUUAUUUUCUAAUAAAAUUCGUGACAUUAGGUGGCAUAGGGGGAGAUUUUUCUCAUGCAGAUUUUUAUGAACUAAAUGUGAUUAGAAUUUUCAAGUGUAAAUUAUGAAAUUAUAUUUACAUUUUUAUUUCGACUUGGACAAUUUAAACCAUAGUUUUUUUAAAAUCUGUAAGGGUUUUUUUUUAAUAUACGCUCGAAAAUAUCUAUUGGCCUAAAUAAAACGCUAAUAAAUAUUUCAUUCGGUAAAAAAAUAAAAAGUCCCUUACAUUUAAUUAACCUCUGUUUCAAAAACAUGACAAAUAUUAAUUUUAUAUAUUGAAAAAUUAUGAUUAAACUGGUCAGUUUUGCUUUUUCAACACACAUAACUAUUGUUUAUAACUGUAGAGUAAAAUAAUCAAUAGCUAUAUUUCAAGGACAUGCAUUUUGUUACAAUACGUUUUGGAUACACUUAAGAUUAACUUAUAAAAAGUUAAGAAAAGUUAAGAUAAGUUUGGUACCGCCAUCUAUCAACGAAAGAAACACUUAUUUUUCAGUCAUUUAAUAGACACUUGAUUUUCCAGUAAUAUAAAAUAUUUAAAUUGUGAUACAAUUUACACUUUUAAUUAAAAUUGUAAUACAAUUGUAAAUUAUGAACUACAAAUAAUAUUAAUUUUAUUUUACAGUAAAUUUAUUUCACUUAUAAAAAAUGAUAAAUGGUUUUAUGGCGAAAAAUUAUGUAUUUACUUCUAAAGAUAGGUGGUGUAAUAAACUUCUGUAUUUAAUGAAUAAAGUGUAUGCCGUAUCACAAAUAAAAUGUAGAAAAAUAUUCCAAGUGAUGUUUAUACCUCUCCUGAGUAUCAAAAUUAUGUUUAUUUGUUUGACUCUAACUAAUGUAAUUUAAGAGGCAAGUUAGGUAACGUUCGGUAGGCAUAAAGUAUGGAUGUCCACCGUGUAAAUAAUGCUCCUUUACACUUAGGUAAAUAUACAGGUCAUACAAACAUGUA